CAGGACCCAUCCGAAGAGAGAGGCCUGGCCGUUGAAAGGCGGUGCCGUGGAAGCUUUUCCAUUUCUCGGCGACAAGGAAGCACGAAAGCCGGAAUUCUAGGAGUUGUGCGCUCUUUGCAAAGUGUAACAGAGAUUGGUGAUGGCGAUGGUAAAAAGCGGAUGGUUGCUCCGACAAAGUACUAUAUUACGACGCUGGAAGAAAAAUUGGUUUGAUUUGUGGUCUGAUGGCCAGUUAUUGUUUUAUGAUGACCAACAUAGGCAUGAUCUAGAAGAUAGAGUUCACAUGAAAAUUGACAGUAUCAAUAUCAGAGGCGGAAAUGAAUGCCGAGGUUUUCAGCCUCCGGAGGGCAAAGCUAAAGACUGCUUGCUGCAGAUAAUUUGCCGUGAUGGGAAGGUGCUCAAUCUCUGUGCAGAAAGUACCGAUGAUUGCUUGGCUUGGAAAAUUGCUCUUCAAGAUGCCAGAACAAAUGAAGCUUAUGUUGCUUCUGAGGUGAUGUAUGAUGAUAAUGCGAUUUCUUCAGCGCCCCCUCCGUAUACAGCUUAUGCAACACCAUCACCUGAGGUUUAUGGUUACCCACAAUACAAUGGCGCAUAUCCAGGAACUCAGAUCAUCUACACUUCUAAUGGACAGACAUAUGCUAUGCCUUGCCAAUAUCCAAACCAAGGUACAUAUGGCCCGCUUCCUGCAAACCAUGUCAUCAUUCGAGAACGUUACCGAGAGCCUGAUGGAGACCUGGCAUUGGGCAUGUUGGCUGGGGCAGCAACAGGAAUGGCCCUGGGCUCAUUGUUUUGGGUGUUUUAGAUUUUCUUUGGAGGUUCAAGUUGAAGGAGGUUCUUUCUAUCUUCUGUGUAUAAUAAUAUAUAUAUUGGUAAAGUAGUGUAUAGGCAUUUCAUAAGUUCUAACAAUAUUUUGGCUAAUGAUACACUGGAAUUAGUUAAUCACAUUCUUAAUCAUCUAGAAAGUUCACUUUAGUUAAGAAAGGUCAAGUAAGUUUGAGCCUAUGUAAUGAUAAACAAGUAGCAGUAAUAACAAGUGAAGUAUUGCUAAUAGUGGCUAAACAGCCACAACUGAUGGUGAAAUAUUAACAAUUCUCUUAAAAUUGCUUCAACUGCUGCCUCAAAAGGAAGCUCAAGUAUCUUUUUUAAAAACUCGAAGGCAAAAGAUGACUUUAUACACACUUUGGAGAGAGAGAGAGAGAGAGAGAGAAUGAAUAUGUGUGGAUUUCAGUUGGUCUUGCAUUUCAACAAUUGGUAAAUAUUUGCCAUAAAGAGAGAGAGCAAUAUAUAAAUCCUCCCAGAUCGCCAUAAACACUCCAACAUUUUGUUUUGGAACUAUUCCAAUCUGUACUUGAAGGAGUUUGAUGACCAUGCAAGUAAUGCCAGUGUCAUAUAAAUUGCUAUUUUAUUUAGUUGGAAGACUAGCAAAAGCCUGGACAUCAUCCUCUGGUUCUGCUGUGUUGAAUUAUUAGCACUCCUAACCAAAUGGAGAUAAUGUUACUUAGAACUCUGGGAGUUGCCAUCCCAUCAGAAGGAUGUCAAGUAAGGGAACGGACUACGUAUAUUAACACUCAAUUUGAGAAUUUUAGCUGUCCCAAUAAAUCAAGUAGCAAAAUGAUUCAACCUGUAUGUGAAAAUAAUGUGGCUUUCGGUAGUUAUAAAUAAUAGGAGAUAUUAUAGUUCUACUGGGCAUGUAAAGCUUUUUUAUAUUAUUCUAAAUAUAGUAGAAUGAUAUAAAUAGAGAACGGGGGCUAACAAAAAUUUAGCACAAGAAAAUUCUGAUUUCUGUAAGCUUUGCAUUAAGCAUAUGCUGUUACUUUUUGCCUUAGGGAUAUAUGCAACAACACAAUUUAAUGCGAGAUAUGGGUGUCAUCCAUCAUUGUUGAACUUGGAAGUUUUCUUUUAAAGCAAUAAAUAAUCUCUCUGCUAAAAUAAUUUUUCUUGUUUCGAUGAGUAGAUCCAGUCUAGGACAUUUCAUGUGAUCACACUGUAAAUUGAAGAUAAUAAAUGUUUCAUAAAUAUAUAUAUUUAAAUAAUUUAUAAGUUAUGUUGGAAUAUAUAAGUUACAUUGGGAGCCUUUAAGAUAUAAGAAACUGAUUAUAUAGUGAAAAGUAAUACUAGCAUUUGCUCUUUUUAUGUAAGUUGUCAAUUGCACCUUUUAUGUUUAUCAUACAUUUCUCCGAAUCCCCUAUUUCUAUCUACUGUAUUUGUACUUUGAAAAAAUAAAAUAAAUCUAGUCUUUGAACUGC